AUGUCAGUCAUGAAGCCCUAUUUAAUGACCAUUUCCAUCCUCCUGAUCCUGGUUCCUAAGACUCCAGGUGACCUGUUCAGAUCCUACUAUGGCAACAGCCAAGAGCCUUGGAUUCCAUGCCAGCUGUACCACGGCAUGUGCAGAAACACCUGCAGAAAAAAUGAAAUUCAAUACUUAACCUGCCCAAGUGAUCAAAAGUGCUGCCUGAAACUGUCUGUGAAGGUAGCCCGUCCUAACAAUGUGAAGGAUUAUGACUCCGACUCCAACCUGUCAGUUACAAACAUUUCAAGCUACUCUAAAAUUUGAACAUCACCAACCAUACCACCACCCCCCGGAGAAAUUCUUCCCUCAUUCUGGAAC